AUGUCGCAUCAGAAACGUCGAGAGAAAGCGAAUAAACCUACGCGUUGGGAUCGCAUUCGGAAAAGGCAGUUAAAUGCAAAUCCGCUGUCGUUUAAAACGGAUGCAGUGCGUCGCUUUAUUGAGGUGGACUACGUGGAUAAACGGCAAUCUCAACUGCUCAUCGAUGGGGAACCCAAAAAGCAACUUAAUCCGAGUGUUAUAAUGGAUAUGCGGCAUGAGAUGUUUGCUCAAAUUCCACGAAAAUUGCCACUGGCGACUGUGGCACAUGGCAGCACACUGGAGUCGACCAAGGCGCACAAUCUGGAGGUGGAACAGCGUUACAUUCACAAUCAACUGCAAAAGUUUCGCCAGCAAUUGGCCAGACAACAUCCUCCUCGCACGCUGGACCGGAAGAUUCAUGUACGUCCCAUUAAGCCAGACUUUAAGCUCAAUCAUGGUCCACUGAUGGAGAGUCUGGCGCAGGCAUCCAGGCACAUUGAUGACUUCUACAAGACACCGGUGGAUGCUCUGAGUCAGGCUGUGGAGCUGUGUGCCGCACACAAGCAGGUGGCCACCACGUCAUUGCUACGCCAGCUGGAGGCUGAGCCGGAGGCAGACCAAGAGCAUACUUGGCUGGAGCGUGGGCAAGUGAAGGAAGCGCUGGAAGUGAAGCAAUCGAAGCUGGAAGCGUGUGCGGAAUUGGACACAUUCGAGUAUCGUAAGUUUGCCAAGCAAGUGCAGCUGGACGAGAGCAGAUCCCAGCUGCUACAACGUUGCCGCACGCCAAGUCCACUGCUGACCACCGAGGAGCUGCUGAAGCCAAUGCGUGCCGCUGCCGAGCGUCAAAUGCUGCACUUGCGCACCGUGCGCUACGAGGAGGAGCUGCAGCAACAACACCGGCAGGAGCAACCGGAGACGGAUCCGGAUGACCCGCCAAAGCUACAGCGAGAAUCCUCUAGUUGCUCCAACACUAGCGAUGGCAUUGAUUCCGUCAUCUCGGAUCUGGCGGAGGAAGCUCUUUACGAGCUGCAGCUGGAAGCAGCUGAGCAGCAGAAACAGCAGCUGGACGCGGUACUGGAGGAUGCAACAGGCUCCAAGCAUGUGCAGUUCCAACUGCCCAAGCACAAAAACUCUCCAACGCCCAUCUCAAAGCCGGAGCAGACUCCUUCAGCAGUUGAGCUCGCGUUGGAGCCUUUGGUGAUCCGUCGUAUAGAAUUACCCCGGGUGAUUGUCCAGCCCAAGCAGCAGUUGGAGCCAGAAGUCCAGUCAUGUCAGCCAUGCAGCAGCAGUGAGGAUGAGCAAGCCGAAUCUGUGCCGCACGAGAAGCAACGGAUAAUUGAGCAACUGUUUCAAGCACGCGACAAUUCCGAACUGAAUCUCAUGCGAAAGUAUUUCCUCAAGUGGAUACACUACACAACAAUGGAGAAGAUCGAACGGGACUCGGGAAAUUCACAAGGCAGUCGUGUGCAGAAGAUCAACGUAUUUCUCGACAAGAUCAGGCAGGAGAAGCGUCGACAGCGUUGCAUCAAGCAAAAUCCCACUCCAAAUGAAUCCGACAAAAUAGCACAAAAGUCGCUGGAGCAGCGCGAAGAGGCGGUCAAGAUGGCUAAACAGUUUAAGAAUAAGUUAAAGGUGCAGCAGGACAUUAUUGAUUUGCAGCGCAUCAAGCUGGAGCGACAGGAGCGUUUGAUAAUGCAGCUCAAGCUCCACAAGCUCAGCGAUGAGGCGAAGGAGGCACGCGAGGAUCUCAAGCAGGAGCUGAAGACCGUCAUACGUUGCGGUGAUCCAAAGGCUAAGGCCAAGGCCAAGUGCCUGCAGCUAAUUGGCAGUCUCCGUGAUGCCGAGGAUGAGGAGCUGGAGCGACUCCAAGGCAAGGCUUUGCUCCAGCCGCGUUUCCUGCAGCACAUGCAGGAGCGGGCACUGGAGCGGAGCGUGCGUCAUGAGCAAGCGCGUCAACGCAGAGCACAAGCGGAGGCGGAACGGGAGGCAGCCAAGCUGGCCAUUGAAGAAGCCAAGCGCCAGCAGGAUGAGGAGGCCAAACUGUUGCGCAUGGAGGUGCUAAAGGAGAAGCGUCGCCAGGAGAAGAUGGCCAAAGUGCUGAAGGAGCGCGAGCGUCAACGUUUCCUUGAGAAUCAAAGGAAGGCCUUGGAGUUCGGUCGUCGUCUGUUGUUGCGUCGCGUCGGCAUGGAGGGAUUUAAGCGUUUGCUUCAACGCAAGCGGGAUAAUCAGGUCAAGUGCGAGGAGUUCUCUCGGCGCCUUUACAAGCGCAAGUAUUUCCAUGCCUGGCGCAGCUUCACCGAGUUCCGGCAACGCGAACGUCGCAUUCGUGCAGAUCAAUGUUAUUAUCGGGCGCUGAAACGUCGUGUCCUUCAUGGCUGGGUGCUCUAUGUGCACGAGGAGCGCCAAAAGAUGCAGGUGGCCAUUGAUUGGUAUGCUCUGCAUGCCACAGAGCAUUGGUUCAAUCGCUGGCUCAACUACACAAUUCAUUGUCGCCUGAUUGAGGACACAAAAAUGCGACAGUCCAUCUCGCAUCAUGAGUGGCAUCUGAAGUGGAAGGUCCUUGACUGCUGGCAACGUCUGCCGCAGAUUCUGCGUCUGGAAAAGGAGACCGAGGAGCGGCGUCAGCGUUGGCGCAUGAAAAUCUGGGAGCUGUUGCCCGACUACAAGCCAAGGGAGGACAGUUUGUGGUAGUCCAAGGAUUUCUUUAAUAUAUUGUAUUGUAUAUUCUUUUAAUUUUCCUUUACGUUUUGAUUUUAUUUAAUUCUAAAAAUUUUGUUUCUGAUUAAAUUGCAACUAGACUAAUGACUGCAA